AUGGUGGAGAAGCGGUGCCCGCGGCUGCAGCGGGGCGGCGUGUACCGCUGGUUCUCCGAGCUGCCCUCCCCGCAGCGUGUGGAGUUCCUCUGCGGCCUCCUGGACCUCUGCAUCCCGCUGGAGCUGCGCUUUCUGGGCGCUUGCCUGGAGGACCUGGCCCGCAAGGACUACCACUCGCUGCGUGACUCCGAAAUCAAGGCCAACAACCCCGCCGACCUGGGGAGCCUCACCAAUCUGACGGACGAGGUGGUACGCAGCAAACUUUUGGUCUCUCUCGCCUUGCUCGGGUCUGCCCAUCGAGAGGCGGCCGGGGUCCUCUUCCGUACCCUCACCCACAUCGACUCGGUCAUCAACAACUACGGGCUACAACUCAAUGAGGGCCGCACAGGGGAUGAGUUCCUGUUGCUCUUCACGAUGGCAUCCAACCACCCUGCUUUCAGCUUCCACCAGAAACAGGUGCUGAGGCAAGAGCUCACCCAGAUCCAGAAUAUCAUGGCCAGCACCAGCAAGAAUCCCAGCACCUCUACCCUCAACACCAUGGCAACCUAUCCUGGCUGCCACAAGGUCACUCCAAGGUCUGAGACCCCCAUCAACAGUGUCAGUAACAGUUUGGAAAAUGUACUUCAUACAUCAACACAUUCCAUUGAGGAGUCAUUACCCAAGAGGCCUUCGGGGAAACACUCCAAAGUGAGUGUUGAAAAAGUGGAAUUAAAGGGACUGGCACACAAGAAGAAUGAAAGAAACGUUGAAUAUUCCUUUGAGGUCCUGUGGUCUGAUUCUUCAGUGACAUUGGUAACCAAAUCUUCCUCUGAAGUGACUGAAUUUAUUUCAAAGCUAUCUCAGCUGUAUCCAGAAGAAAACUUGGAGAAAUUCAUUCCUUGCCUAGCUGGUCCAGAUUCAUUUUACCUAGAGCGGAACCACAUGGACCUGGAAUCGGACCUUAGGUAUUUGGCACCAUUACCUUCCCAUGUGGUGAAAAAUGACCACGUUAGAAAGUUCUUCAGCACUUCAUCUCCUUCACAGCAGCUUCAGACUUCAAAUCCUGGCAACCCCUCCCUUUAUAAAGUAGGAACUACGCUGGGCACGUCUGGAAGACCUAUAUGUGGAGUGGCUGGCAUUCAGGCUUCUCAGAAUCAUGUUCAGCACUCGGCUGCUGCUCCCGUUGCACUACCCCACUGUUCCCAUGCAGGAGGUACUGGCUCUUCGCUGGCCUAUCGCACCCAGAUGGACGCCUCUUCUUCACCCAUGUUAAUGUCUUCCAGUCCACAGACCCCUCAGACACAGGAGCAAAACGGGAUCUUAGACUGGCUCAGGAAACUGCGGUUGCACAAAUACUACCCUGUCUUCAAACAGCUCACGAUGGAGAAGUUUCUGAGUCUUACUGAGGAAGAUCUGAAUAAGUUUGAAUCCCUUACCAUGGGAGCAAAGAAGAAGCUCAAGACCCAGCUAGAGCUGGAGAAAGAAAAAUCGGAGAAACGGUGCCUAAACCCCACAACACCUUCUUCAGUUACCAGCAGCGGCGUGGCGAGGGUUCCCCCUACUACGCACGUAGGGCCUAUCCAGAGUAUUCGUGGCAACCACGCUGCAGAGCUGCGAGUGGACGUGGAUCAGCCAGCCCACCCGCUGACGAGGGAAGAGAGCUCGGACAGCGCCGAGGAGAACGAGAGGCGUUUGGAGAUUCACUUAGACGGCUCAGAAAAGGAGAAGCCAGUGAUGUUACUGAACCAUUUCACUUCGAGCUCGGCCAGACCCACGGCUCAGGUCUUACCAGUGCAAAACGACGCAGGCUCCAAUCCGUCCGGCCACCACACGCUGCCAAUGCAGAUGAUGUCAGCGGCCUCGACUCAUAUCACCCCCAUUCGGAUGCUAAAUUCGGUGCAUAAAUCAGACCGCGGCAAUGCAGACAUGAAGCUCCUUUCAUCGUCUAUGCAUUCCCUUUUAUCUUUAGAAGAAAGAAAUAAAGUUUCUCCUGGUCCUAGGGGCAGCAUAAAAAUGGACAAGAGCUUUGGGAACGCAGUGGUGGACGUCAUGUCCGCGUCCUCUCCCCACCAGCCCUUGCAAGUGCUGUCGGGGGCUGCCGAGAACAGCUCGCCCGUAACAUCCAGCACGGUCUUCCACGUGGCUCGCCCGCCCAUCAAACUCCUGGUGUCUUCGUCUCUUCCUACCGAUUCUGCCAUGGCCGGACAGACUUCGUGCUCCAGUAAUAUGCAAAUAACGGUGUCCCCUGCAAUAAUCAAUCCCCGGACUGCUCUGUACACAGCCAACACCAAAGUUGCCUUUUCUGCAAUGAGCAGCGUGCCAGUGGCGCCGAUGCAAGGCAGCUUC